CGUGGCGGCUUGCUGGAGAGCGUGCUGCGCGCUUUCCCAUUUACUGGAUUCGCGUUUCUGGAAUCCCCAUGAACCAUGUCUGUACACAGUGGUGAGAAGAAUGCUUCCAGGCCGAACAAGAAGCUUCUUCGAUGUGAUCCAGUCCGACUUCCUGAUGGAGAUCGUGGGGUUGUUCAAGGACUUUGGCCUGAAGACAGUCAGGAAGCUGCAGAACUCCCCAGCAAGAAGCUUUGCGUUUCUUGAAGUGACGUCCCCCGAAGCGGUGCAGCUGGCCGUGAAGAUGCGGAACGGGAUCAUGGUGAAAGGGCAGCGGAUGCUUGUGGCUGUGUCCGAGGAGAGGCGAAUCCCCGAGUUCAGAAGGAACUACGUGGAGAUGCCGGAUCUGGAGCUGGCCCCUAAUCCUAAUGGAUCGCCCGUGGGCAUUGGUGACCUCGUUCCAAACCCCAGCGUCCAGUCUGUGCCACCCUCAACGAAGAAGAACAUUUAUGCGAUUCCUGUAGAAAUGAGAUCUUCCUCCUUGGUGCUGAUGCUGCGGGACUGCUUCAAGGACCUGGGUUGGCUGCUCACCAUUUCCCGGACCUGCGGAGAAGCGGCGCUCCUGGUGACUGACACAGUGCCACAGACUCCGUUCUUCUGGGCAAUUCACCUUACCGAGGAAAGCCAUCAAAACAUGCAGAAGCUCUUCAGCGCUUUAGCGAAAGUGGAAUCCCAGCUGCCCUUCCUGGCGGAACAGGAUGUCCAGCGAGGGACACGGUGUAUGGCAGAGUGCAUUCUGGGGGAAGAAGGCGGAGCUUGGAACAGGUGCUGGGUUUUAGAGAAGGUGGGGAAUCUGGCCAUCGUGUUCUUCAUGGAUUUCGGCCGCUCCGCCACCGUCCCGCUGAACACUCUGCGAAGGCUGGACAAGGAUGACUUCUGGAAAAUCCAGCCCUUAGCACAGCCAUUCAUGCUCCACGAAGAUGUUUUUCCUCCUCAGAUCGUGGCCCGUCAAAUCUUGGAAGGGAGGCUGGAACAAAAGUCACAAAUGGAGGUCCAUAUCUUGAGGUUCGUCGCCAAGACAAAACAAGGAGAGCGAUCUUCGAAUUCUCCCCUGGGAUCGUGAGGAAGAUACUGCCUUGCUGGGGGUUUUUUAAGUUGAAGGUGCCAAUGGACAGGGUUUCGCACUUAGCUCCCAUGGUGAACGUUUUAUUUGUCUCCUCCUCGAUCAUUGAGCAGAGAGGCUGCCUGCUAUAUUUUACUUUGCGGACUCGCUUCUGCAGCUGCUUAGAACCUAGCUCCGGGUCUCCUUUAAUAAAAUUCUUGGAAGUUGCUUAGGGAAUGUAGGAUAUCUUUGCCUCCCCCCAAAAUUGUGAGCGGUUGAAAGUUGCUUAGGGAGUGUUGUGCUUCGGGCGUUUGUUCCCUCCUCUCCCCCCCCCCCAAUUGUGAGUUGUGAAACAGCUAGUAGUAGAAAAUAUGGAGGGCAAAAAAGAGUUUGUUUUUUUAAAAAAUUGUAUUCAGGAUCAACUGAUUUUGUUGAGGUAGUAGUUCACUAGUUUGUGGGUUAUAGUUUAAUAAAUUUUUGUACCCAGAA